ACACCGCCGGCCGGCUCUCUCGGGGGCUGCACAGAUGUUCCCUCAGAUGUUCCCCUUAGAUGUUCCUGGUGCAUGUUGUCUCUCUCCUCCUUUAUAGUUCUCUUCCACCAAUCCCAACUCUGCUACCCACACGCUGAGUACGCUGCUCUCCUCCAAUCAGGAGCAGGUCCUGCUGUUUAUUGGUUGAACUGGAGGCAGCUGUGUAGAAGCUGUUUCUCCCUUCUCAGCGCCAUAUUGUGGGAGAGCAGAUGCAUAGAAUAAGUCUUAAUUCCAGUAACUUAGUCUAGUCCGAGUUGCUCCCCACAGAUCCCCCUUUCUUUUUAUUUUUGGCAUUGAUACGUGCCUGUCUUCGGUGCCCCGCGGCACACACUCUGCUCUGCUUGCUGGAGUUGCCCACAGGCGCUUACAAGUCCUAUCAAUCAGGCAAACCGAAUCCGGGUCCUCUCUUCGCCAUGUUGUGAGGAGGUUUUUAGGCGCUGAUGCGUGCCUGAGUUCGGUGCCCUGCAGCACAUGCUCUGCUCUGCUAGAACUGCAUGCAGGUGCUUACAAGCCCUAUCAGGCAAACCGAAUCCAAGCCCUUCUCAUUGCCGUCUUGUGGGGAGACUUAUUAGUGUUGGUUCGUGCCUAUCUUCGGUGACCUGCAGCUCAUACUCUGGUCGAGCCGCCUGCUGGUGCUUACUGCCUUACUAAUCAGGCAGACCGAAUCCAAGCCUUCUCAUUGCGGUAUUGUGGGGAGACUUAUUGAUGUUAAUUCGUGCCUGUCUUCGGUGACCUGCAGCGCAUAAGCUGCUAGCUGCCCGCAGGUGCUCACCACCUCCCUAAUCAGGCAGACCGAAUCCAAGCUCUCUCAUUGCCAUGUUGUGGGGAGGCCUUAUUUUUCUGUUUCUCUAUCUCCAGGCAUUCCUAUUUCUCCUAUUUUACUUCUAUCUACCAGCAUUCUUAUUUCUCUCAUUUUACUUCUAAACUUCUGUUUCUCUUAUCCCUGCGGCAUCCUGGCGCCCGCCCCGAGGCUGCUUCUCCGCACCUCGCCCCGCGGCGGCUUCUCAGCUCUGUGCCGCUUCAGCCCGCACUUCUCUCAUCUGCACGGCUUCCCGGCGCCCGCCCUGCGGCGGGUUCCCAGCUCUGUGCGCACGCUCCGCGGUCUCCGCGCCCCCUUCGCGCCUGCACCACGGCCUCCGCGCCAGUCCCACGUUCCCUAUCUAUUCACGCCCCGUGCUCUCUCUGCACGCGGCGGCUUCCGCGAGUCACACAGCGUAGCUUACGUUUCCGCCACCACCGGUAUUCAGUCCAAGUUCCCCGGACUAACCUGGCGAAUUCCAACCUGGCGGCCCACGUCUCUCCCUCUGGUUCCAGAUUUUCGCCUUUUGCUCCCCGGGCUGACUUAAAGAAUUCCAAGGUGGCUUACGUCUCCGCCUCGGCCUGCACUCGUGGCUUCAUCCACCCUAACAUUUUUCUCUGCCCGGUAUGUUUCCCUAAGUUUUCUUCCAACAAUAUUCCUCCCUCAUUUCUCCUGGCCUCUCCCCACAGUCCGUAUCCAAGUCUAAGUUUCUUAUAGGUUUCACUUUCACUUUCAACCUGCAGUCCGUAUCUGAGUCUAAGUUUCUUCUUGCUUUCACUUUAAAUCCUAACUUCUUUCCCACAGUCCAUAUCCGAGUCUAUGCCUAGGCUUUCGAUAGCUUCUUCUGGCACCUUUUCUGUCCGGCUUUUCCCUAGGCUCUUUGCUAGUCUCUCUCUCUGGUAUUUUCCACUUCUUCCCGUUUCUUCCCUCCUAAGUUUCCUAUCUGAGUCAUGGCACCAUUAUGUCGCUCCCCCUCUUCAUGGAGGAACGACACAGGACUCUGUGCUGUUCUUUUGUCUGCUCGGCCCUCCCCGGGUUUGCUGCUGGUUCUUCCCGGGUUGGCUACCGUCCCUUCCACCUCCUUAUUUUUUUAAUUUUUUUUCCAGUGUGUCUUGGCUUUUCAUGCCUAAAAUACUCUCAUGGGCUCUUCAGCCAGAUCCAAAUGCCUUAAGGGCUGAUUCUGAGGCUAGAGUGCUGUUUAGGACAUCUGCCAUUUUAUGAGUCUGCUGUGUAUCCCACUUCCCAUGUUGGAUAGUUCUCUCCUUUUUAAUUCUAUCAGUUAAUAUUAGCAGAUACUAGUCUUGCUUAUGUGAUCCCUUUGACUCUUAAUCCUAUCAUUAUGAUCAAUUGUGAACUGAAAUUGAUCACUUUGACUAGUGACAUGGCAUUGGUACAUGCCACCUUGAUGGGAUUGAAUUGGAAUCCCCUGGCACGUUUUUAACUCUACCAUUUGGGGCAAGUCUGAUUGUGCAUGUCCCAGAUUGUACAUCUCCUCCCUCUCUUAUUCGCACUCUUAUAUUUAACAAGGACCACUUUUCAGUUAAAGUUAAACACCUAAGAAUAAUUGUGUGUUAAUUAAAGAGUUCAACCAAAGUAUUAAGUAGAACAAAAAAGUACUAAAAGGGAUAAAGUAUUAAGUUGUUCAUCAAUAGUUAGGAAAAGGGGUGAUCAAGUCACUGUUUCUCAAAGUGUCUGUUUCACUUCAACAGGCUUCCUUUUAGGUGCUUGGUUAGUUGUCACAGAUCAGGGAGAACAUAUGAUAUUUGUCCCUUUGGGACUUGCUUAAUUCACUCAGCAUGAUGUUUUCCAGAUUCCUCCAUUUUGUUGCAAAUGACCAGAUUUCAUUGUUUUUGACUGCUAUGUAGUAUUCUAUAGAGUACAUGUCCCAUAAUUUCUUUAUCCAGUCUACUGUUGAUGGACAUUUGGGUUGAUUCCAGGUCUUAGCUAUUGUGAAUUGAGCUGCAAUAAACAUUAUGGUGCAGACAUCUUUAUUAUUUGCCAAUUUAAUUUCCUUUGAGUAAAUUCCAAGGAGUGGGAUGGCUGGGUUGAAUGGUAGGGUUAUAUUCAGGAUUCUGAGGAAUCUCCAGACUGACUUCCAUAGUGGCUUGACCAGUUUGCAUUCCCACCAACAGUGGGUUAGUGUCCCUUUUUCCCCACAUCCUCUCCAGCAUCUGUUGUUGGUAGAUUUCUGUAUGUGAGCCAUUCUAACCAGGGUGAGGUGAAACCUCUAAGGUCUAAUUGAUAGGCAAAGAUUGUGUUUAUAGGAGCUUUUUUUCUAAGUUUUUUAAAAAAAUUAUUUGAAAGUAUUGUAUAUAGAGGAGAGACCCAGAGAGAUCUCCCUUCUGCUUUUUCACAUCACAGAUGGCUGCAUUGAGCAGGGCCAGGAAAGAAUGAGGUCAGGAACCAAGAUCUUCACCUGGAUCUCCCACAUUGGUAGCAUUUGCCCAAGUAUUUGGAUCAUCUUCCAUUGCUUUUCUCAGGCCAUCAGCAGGAAGCUAGAUCAAAAGCAGAAGAGCCAGAACAUGAACCAGUGCUCAUAUGGGGUGCUUGUAUUGCAGACGGCAGGUUUACUUGCUAUGUGACAAUGCUGGCCCUGUUUUAUGGGAACUUCCAAAUGAAAUUUUGAAGUUGUAUGCAUUGUAGUUUGCAUGUAAUUCAACUUUUUGCCAUACUUACUGAUAUAUAUCAGCAUUUGAUGUAGGACAAAUCAGAAAACACAAUGGCUUAACAAAUAGCCAUUUGAUUUGCAGUUCUGACUCUGUGUUUUGGGCUGUACUCAGCUAGGCAGUUCCUAUGAUCAGUCCAGGAGCAGAAAUCAGAGUUCAGUCAUCUGGGGAACUGAUUGAGGCUUCACUUAAGUGUCUGGGGUUUGUGGUGAAUCUUGGCUACAUAUUAUCUCUUUUUUUCUUUUUUUGACAGGCAGAGUUAGUGAGAGAGAGAGAGACAGAGAGAAAUGCCUUCCUUCCAUUGGUUCACCCCCCAAAUGGCUGCUAUGGCCAGUAUGCUAUGCUGAUCCAAAGCUAGGAGACAGGCACUUCCUCCUGGUCUCCCAUGUGGGUGCAGGGCCCAAGCACUUGGGCCAUCCUCCACUGCCUUCCCAGACCAUAGCCGAGAACUGGAGUGGAAUAGGAGCAACUGGGUCAGAACCAGCAACCCCAACUGAGACUGUCACCCGGAAUACCAGUGCCACGGGCAGAGGAUUAACCUAGUGAGCCACGGUGCCAGCCUACAUACUAUCUCUUCAACAGGCAGGCCCCAGGGUUUUUCAGAAGAUAACUGUCAGAACAAGAAAAUCUGAGAAGGCAAAUACUUUACAAAUUGUCUAUUUCUGGGGCUGGUUCUGUGACAUAGCAAGUAAAGACACUGCCUGCAGUGCCAGCAUCUCAUAUGGGUGUCAGUUGAUGACUUGGCUGCUCCACUUCUGAUCCAGCUCUUUGCUACAGCCUGGGAAAACAGUAGAAGUUGGCCCAAGUCCUUUGGCCUCUGCUCCCUUGUGGGAGACCUGAAAGAAGCUCCUGGUUCAUAUCUUUGGAUCUACACAGCUCCAGCCAUUGCAGCCAUCUGGGGAGUGAACCUGCAGUUUGAAGACCUCUCUUUAUUCCUCCUUCUCUCUCUCUCUCUUUUCUCUGCCUCUCCUUCUCUCUUUGUGUAACUCUUUCAUAUAAAUAAAUAUUUUAACAAAUUGUCUAUUUCUAUCACAUUUACUGGUAUCUCAUGGGGUAAAUCAAUUGAAAUGGUGAAAUUCAGGGUCUUUUUCAAAAAGAUUUAUUUAUUCAUUUGAAAGAGUUACACACAGAGAGAGGGAGAGGCAGAGAGAGAUAGAGAGCUCUUCCAUCUGCUGGUUCACUCCCCAGUUGGCUGCAAUGGCCAGAGUUGUGCCAAUCCAAAGCCAGGGUCCAGGAGAUUCUUCUGGGUCUUCCACAUGGGUACAGGGGCCCAAGGACUUGGGCCAUCUUCUACUGCUUUCCCAGGCCAUAGCAGAAAGCUGGAUCAGAAGUGGGGCAGCUGGGAAUCAAACCAGUGCCUAUAUGGGAUGCCAGUCUACAGGUGGCAGUUUUACCCGCUAGGCCACAGUGCCAGCCCCAAUCCAGGGUUUUGUGAAGGGAUGAAUACAGGGAAAGGUGCUACUUGGAAUCAUUACUGGUAAAGUGCACUGCAUUAAAUAUACAUUAUGUGUAUUUGUUAACUUUCUUUAGUAUAAACUUUAAUAACAUAAUGUUUAUCUCUGAUAACCUUAUCCAUUUGAACACUCAACUUUUCUUUUUCCUUUUACAUUAUUAUUUUACAAAAUUUGUAGAUAAUGCUUUCGUUAAACCAAUGAUAACUUCUGUUUAAUCUCUGCCACUUAAUAUAGGUGGGUGCAUUUUCCUAUGUAUUUCUAUUUUUAGAGGUUUAUUCCUCCACAGUGAAGCUGAUGUUUUCUUGGUUAAUGUAUUUAUUAUUCUUUAUUCAUUCUAUUAUAUCCUUUUUUUCCCCACUGUUCAGUGCAGAAGGAAACCAGAGGGUUUUUUUUUUAAGAUUUCAUUUAUUUAUUGAAAGAGUUGCAGAGAGAGAAAGUCUUCUAUCUGCUGGCUCACCCUCCAAAUUACUGCAAAGGCCAGAGCUCAGCUGAUCCAAAGCCAAGACCCAAGAGCUUCUGGGUCUCCCAUGCAGGUGCAGUGGCCCAGGGACUUGGACCAUGUUCCACUGCUUUCUCAGGACAUAGCACAAAGCUAGAUUGUAUGUUGAGCAGGCAGGACUUGAACCAGACCCCAUAUGGAAUGCUGGCACUGAAGGCAGCAGCUUUACCCAUUAUGCCACAGCGUUGGCCUCCCGAGUUUUCUUUGAACUCCUGCCAUUCACCUCUCUCCCAGGUAUGAUUCUGGGUCCUCCACAUGUUUCUAAGAGGAAAGAAAAUUAAUAUAUCACCUGUAAGUGUUUUUUUUUUUUUAAUUAUUCCCCAGCUUGUCAGUACUCAUUUUUGGUGUUUAAUGCUAGUUUAUUUAUUUAUUUUUUUAGAUUUUUUUUAUUUAUUUGAAAGUCAGAGUUACAGAGAGGCAGAGGGGGAGAGAGAGAGAGUCUUGCAUCUGCUGGUGCACUCCCCAGUUUGCCACAAUGGCCGAAGUUGCACUGGUCCAAAGCUAGAAGUGAAGAGCUUCUUCUGGGUCUCCCACAUAGGUUCAGGGGCCCAAGGACUUAGGCCAUCUCCUACUGAAUCCCCAGGCCAUAGCAUAGAGCUGGAUUGGAAGUGAAGCCACUGGGACUUGAACUGGCACCAAUAUGGGAUGCCAGCACUGAAGGCAGUAGCUUUACCUGCUAGCCACAGUGCCAGUCCCAGUAUACUAGUUAAUUAAAAUGGAAAAUAUGGGGCUGGCACUGUGGCUCAGUGGGUUAAUGCCCUGGUCUAAAGCAUCGACUUCCCAUAUAGGCACCAGUUUGAGACCUGGCUGCUCUACUUCUGCUCCAGCUCUCUACUAUGGCCUGGGAAAGCAGUGGAAGAUGGCCCAGGUCCUUGGGCCCCUGCACCCAUGUGGGAGACCCAGAAGAAGCUCCUAGUUCCUGGCUUCAGAUUGGUGCAGUUCCAGCCAUUGCAGCCAACUGGGGACUGAACCAGCAGAUGGAAGACCUCUCUCUCUUUCUCUGCCUCUCCUCUCUCUGUGUAUCUCUGACUUUCAAAUAAAUAAAUAAAUCUUUACAAAAUUUUAAAAUAGAAAAAUAAACAUAAAAUUUGUUAUCACAGAAUAUACAGAAAUGAAUUAUGAAUUUGGCAUGAUUAUGAAACAUUACUGUCAUCUAUAAUAAUGCAGUUUGGUCUCUUGUCUUUCUGUUGCUAUAGCAAAAUAUAUAUUUGUUACAUGAAUUGAGUUGAAACUAAGAACAAUAUGCUACCUUUUUGGGGUCAUGUCUGAAACAUUCUACACAUAGAUGAUGUACUGAACAGUGUUUUAGUGCUACCUAUGAAGUAAACACUUAGCAUUCUGCAAGAGGAAGAGUUACCUAGUGCUGGAACACAAAUCAGUUAAGUUUGUUUUCAAAUUGUUAGAGUAAUGGAGUUCUUAAUACCUUUGAGAAGUUGAAUUGGAUUCUGGAAUAGGAUAAGGAAUGUGUGGAGAAAAGAAUCUACUGGAGGCUCAUUUAUUUUUUUAAGAUUAUUUAUUUGAAAGGUGGACUUGCAGAGAUUGGGAGAGACAGGGAGACAAAAGGUGAUAUAUUCUAUCUACUGUUUCAUUCCCCAAAUGCCCACAAUGGCUGGGACUGGGCCAGGCCAAAGCCAGGAGCCUGGGACUCCAUGGGUCUCCCACAUUGAAUACUCAGGCCAUUUUCACUGCUCUUUCAAUCAGGUUAGCAGGGAACUAGAUUGGAAGUGGAGCAGCAAGGACUCAAGUCCUCUGUUUACAUGGGAUGCCAGCAUUGAUGGUGGAGGCUUAGCCUGCUGGAUCACAAUUCUGGUGACUAUUGCAGGUUCUGAAACAAAUCUCUAAGCAUUUUUCUCAGUGAGUCACAAAUGCAGAUUGUACUGCAGACAUUCCCAGGUUCUCUUUUUGGACAAAUAAUUCCAUUGCUUUCAUUUAAUUAUGUAUAAUGUCAUUUCAAAUGUUUAUCAUUUGAAUGUUUUGGGCAAGUAUUUCCAUUGCUUUCACUUUAAUUAGGUAUAAUGUUAUUUCAAUUGUUUAUCACUAGAAUAAUCAUAGACAAGGGCAAAAGCUAAUUUGUAUUCUUUGUCUUACCUGUAUUUUCUCUCUUACUUAAAAAUAUUUAUUAGCUUGAUAGAGAAAAAAGUUGAUGGACUGAGAGAUAGAGAGCUUUGACACAUUAAUUCACUUCCUAGAUAACCAUACCAAACAGGUGGGGCAGGACUGAAGCCAGGAUUGAGGAAUGGAAUCUAGGCCUCCUUCAUUGGUGACAUCACCAUUGCUUCCCCAGGUUUGCAUUAUCUGGGAGCUAGAAACUAGAGCUGGCAUUGGAAAUCACAGACACUCUGAGACGGCAUCAUAAACAACACUAAGCUAAAUGUCUGACCUGUCUUUUAAUAUAUUUUUCCUUUGACAUAUUGGAAAUGAUAUGCAUGGUGUUUUCCUGGAAAUUGUUUUCUGUUCAUUCCCAUCAUAGUUUCACUGAUGGUUUCUUGCCUUUUUUUUCUCAAUGCUUCUACAUACUUCUCCUUAACAUUGCCCAGUCAAGAGUCAGUAUUGCCCCCCUUCUAGCCUGCUGUGCAAUUCCCCUUGACAGAUGUGGCCUUUGUGAUUUGAACCUCCUGUUUCCCUCCAGCUUGGGCAUGUCUCACAGCCAGUAGAUCAUGGGUUUGACUCUGUUGAAUGCUCCGUGUGGCUUUCUAAACACUCCACAAGUCUAAUGUGAAACCAUAUCCUUCCUUUUUUCCUUCAUAUCCAUAUACAAAUGUCAGUGUUUAUUUUGUGACAGAGUUAACAUGUUGACUGGAAGUGUAUUAUUAUAGGUGAUGACAGCAUUUGAAGACCUGGCUGUGUACUUUACAUGGGAAGAAUGGCAGAAAAUGAACAAUGCUCAGAAAAUCCUGUACAGAGAUGUGAUGCUGGAGACCUACAGCAGCCUGUUCUCCUUGGGGCACUGCAUUACCAAACCUGACUUGAUCUUCAAGUUGGAGCGAGGAGAAGAGCCAUGGAUGGUGGAUGAAUGCUUGAAUCUGAGCCUUUCAGUGGUCAUGAAAAGGGAUGACCUGAUUAGGAUCAACCAGAAAAGUCAGGACAAAAAUCUGAAUCAGGAUUUUAUGAAAAAUAACAAGACAUCAGCUCUCAAGAGAAUUGAAUUAAGAAAAACACUUAGUUUAAAUUCAAGCCAUGUUCCAACACUGAUUAUUAAAAAGGGAAUCUAUUCAGGAUUGAAGCCUGAGGAAUGCAAUAAAUGUCACACUGUGUAUCCCCCCAGUGGGCCUGAUCAACUACAGGCUGGAGAGAAAUUUGAUAACACUAAGAUACCUGGAAAAUCUCUCCAGUUCUGUGAGCCUCUUAGCCAGCUUGACAAUAUUCACAUCAUGAAGCAGCCAUUUGGACCCACUGGACAAGCAAAAGUCUUCACAAGAAAGACGUUCUGUAAAUCUGAGAGGGUUCAUAUGGCAGAAAACUGUAAUAAGUCAACUGUCACUUUUGGAAAAGUAACGCAAAUAGAAAAAGCUAUCCAUGAAAAUGCUAGCCUCAAUAUGCAUCAACAAACUCACACAAGAAAGAAAUUUUAUAAGUACAUUAUGUAUGUUGAACCUGUCAUUCACCAGUCACAUCUUGCAAUAAACCAGAAACUAAAUACAAGGGAAAAACUUUACACAUGUAAACCUUGUGGAAAAUCACUCAGUUUUAAUUCACCUUCUGAAUGUAAUGACUGUGGAAAAGCCUUUAGACAAAAUUCAGUCCUCAGGAAACAUCAGCAAAUUCACACAGGGGAGAAACCUCAUGAAUGUAGUGACUGUAGAAAAGCCUUUACACAGAAGUCAUACCUCAUAAACCAUCAGCGAAUUCACACAAGAGAGAAACUUUAUAAAUGCCUUGAAUGUGGAAAAGGCUUUUUGUGGAAGUCAGACCUCAUAGUACACCAGAGAAUUCACACAGGGGAGAAACCUCAUGAAUGUAAUGACUGUGGAAAAACCUUUGGACGAAAGUCAGACCUCAUCAUACACCAACGAAUUCACACAGGGGAGAAACCUCAUGAAUGUAAUGAAUGCGGAAAAGCCUUUGGACGCAAGUCAUCCCUCCUCAUACAUCAGCGAAUUCACACAGGGGAGAAACCUCAUAAAUGUAAUGACUGUGGAAAAGCCUUUGGACACAAGUCAAACCUCAUCAUACACCAGCGAAUUCACACAGGGGAGAAACCUCAUAAAUGUAAUGACUGUGGAAAAGCCUUUGGACAAAAGUCAGCCCUCCUCAUACAUCAGCGAAUUCACACAGGGGAGAAACCUCAUAAAUGUAAUGACUGUGGAAAAGCCUUUGGACAAAAGUCAUCCCUCCUCAUACACCAGCGAAUUCACACAGGGGAGAAACCUCAUAAAUGUAAUGACUGUGGAAAAACCUUUGGACAAAAAUCAAACCUCAUCAUACACCAGAGAAUUCACACAGGGGAGAAACCUCAUAAAUGUAAUGACUGUGGAAAUGCCUUUGGACACAAGUCAGCCCUCCUCAUACAUCAGCAAAUUCACACAGGGGAGAAACCUCAUAAAUGUAAUGACUGUGGAAAAGCCUUUGGACGAAAGCCAGACCUCAUCAUACAUCAGCAAAUUCACUCGGGGGAGAAACCUCAUAAAUGUAAUGACUGUGGAAAAGCCUUUGGACGAAAGCCAGACCUGAUCAUACACCAGCAAAUUCACACAGGGGAGAAACCUCAUAAAUGUAAUGACUGUGGAAAAGCCUUUGGACACAAGUCAGGCCUCAGGAAACAUCAGCGAAUUCACACAGGGGAGAAACCUCAUAAAUGUAAUGGCUGUGGAAAAGCCUUUGGACAAAACUCAGACCUUAUCAGACACCAGCAAAUUCACACAGGGGAGAAACCUCAUAAAUGUAAUGACUGCGGAAAAGCCUUUGGACAAAUGUCAGCCCUGCUCAUACAUCAGCAAAUUCACACAGGGGAGAAACCUCAUAAAUGUAAUGACUGUGGAAAAGCCUUUGGACGAAAGCCAGACCUGAUCAUACACCAGCGAAUUCACACAGGGGAGAAACCUCAUAAAUGUAAUGACUGUGGAAAAGCCUUUGUACGAAAGCCAGACCUGAUCAUACACCAGCGAAUUCACACAGGAGAGAAACCUCAUAAAUGUAAUGACUGUGGAAAAGCCUUUGGACACAAGUCAUCCCUCCUCAUACACCAGCGAAUUCACACAGGGGAGAAACCUCAUACAUGUAAUGACUGUGGAAAAGCCUUUCGACGAAAGCCAGACCUCAUCAUACACCAGCGAAUUCACACAGGGGAGAAACCUCAUAAAUGUAAUGACUGUGGAAAAGCCUUUGGACAAAAGUCACACCUCAUCAUACACCAGAGAAUUCACACAGGGGAGAAACCUCAUAAAUGUUAUGACUGUGGAAAAGCCUUUGGACACAAGUCAGGCCUCCUCAUACAUCAGCAAAUUCACACAGGGGAGAAACCUCAUAAUUGUAAUGAAUGUGGAAAAGCCUUUGGACAAAAGACACACCUCAUCGUGCACCAGCGAAUUCACACAGGGGAGAAACCUCAUAAAUGUAAUGACUGUGGAAAAACCUUUGGACGAAAGUCAAACCUCAUCAUACACCAGCGAAUUCACACAGGGGAGAAACCUCAUAAAUGUAAUGACUGUGGAAAAGCCUUUUUGUAUAAGUUAUACUCAUAUCAAAACAGCUCACACAGGGCAGAAACCUUGUGAAUCUAAUAAGUGUGGAAAAGCCUUUAUAAAUCAUAUGUUAUAAAUCAUAGCUCAUAUCACACCACAGAAUUCACGCCAGGGAGAGACUUUAUGAAUGCAAUGACUGUAGAAAAGCCCUUGGCAAUAAGUCACAUCUCAGAAUGCAUCAGAAAAUGCACAGGAAGAGAAACCUCUUGGACAUAAUGACUUGGAAAGCUUUUACCAUAAUUCAGCCCUCAUUGCACAUCAUCUAAUUCAUAUGGGGGAAAACACUUCGGAUAUAAUGCAUAUGGAAAAGCCUUUAUCCAUAAGUAACACCUCAUAAAACAUCAGAAUUCACAUGGGGGAGAAACCUUAUGAAUGGAAUGAAUGUUGGAAAACUCUGCUAAAAUCACACAAUAUAACAUCAGAGAAUUUAUUACAUGGUGGAAAUCUUGUAAUAAAUGUGGGAAAGCCUUUUGUCAGAAGGAAUACCUCAUAACAUGUAGAUCAAACAAGGGAGAGAACUUAAUGAAUGUGAAGGACUUUUUCCAAAGUAAACAUAACCAUGUGACAGAGCCUUUUGCUGGAAAUUACAUCCCAUACAAUAGGCACUCCCAUAAGGAAGAAAGGUUGGGACCAGCGCUGUGGCACAGUAGGUUAAAGCCCUGGCCUGAAAUGCUGGCAUACCAUGUGGGCACUGGUUCUAGUCCCAGUUGCUCCUCUUCUGAUCCAGCUCUCUGCUAUGGCCUGGGAAAGCAGUAGAAGAUGGCCCUGCACCCACGUGGGAGACCCAGAAGAAGCUCCUGACUCCUGGGUUUGGAUCGCUGCAGCUCCAGCCAUUUCAUCCCUCUGGGGAGUGAACUAGCAGAUGGAAGACCUCUUUCUGCUUCUCUGUCUCUCUCUAACUCUGUCUUUCAAAUAAAUAACAUAAAUUUUUAAAGAAAAUGAAGAAGUUCAGAAAUAUUAUUAGUGUGACAAAAAGCCAUUUGUCAGAAAUGGCAUUAUACAUCAGAAAAUUCACACAAGUGGUUUCUCAGGAGUGUAAUGAAUGUGGAAGUAUAUUUUCAUAGAAUUCAGGCUUGCAUAAAUAUGCAACUCAAAAAAGGCAAUAUUCUUCAAGUGCAAUAGACCUCAAAAAACCAUAGCCAGAAAUUAAACAUCAGGCCGGCGCUGUGGAGCAAUAGAUUAAUCCUCCACCUCCACCUGCUAUGCUGGCAUCCCAUAUAGGUGUGAGUUCUAGUCCCAGCUGCCCCUCUUCAAUCCAGCUCUCUACUGUGGCCUGGGAAAGCAGUAGAAGACAGCCUAAGUGCUUGGGCCUCUGCACCCACAUGGAAGACUAGGAAGAAGCACCUGGCUCCUGGCUUCAGAUCAGUGCAUCUCUGGCCACUGUGGCCAUUUGAGGAGUGAACCAACAGAAGGAAGACCUUUAUCUCUGUCUCUCUCACUGUCUGUAACUCUGUCAAAUAAAUAAAAAUCUUAAAAAAAAAGAAACAUCAACUAACACCAGAGAAUUCAUACAGUAAAAUUUCAAUUUAAUGAAUGUGAAAAAUUUUUUCUGCCAUUAAUCAAUUCACAUGAAGAGACCCCGAAAUGAGAAAACAUACAUGUAUAGAAAAGUCAUGUACCAUAUGUCACCUCUCAAUGGUUACCUGACAACUCACAGAAAGAAAAAAUCCUAUGAUUUAUUGUAAUGGGAAAUACCUUUAUUAUUAGGCAAACUUGCACAAAACAUAGCAAGAUUACAGAGAGAAGUCCCUGAAGUAUAAUUUGUUUGGAAGAAUUCUUUGGUGGAAUCACACCUUAGUGAGUAUUGGGCAGUUUUCAUAAUGAAUUGUGACAGAGAGUGGUUAACCACUCUUCAGAAAUUUUUCUCUUAUGCAACCGGAACUUUUGGUUUCUCAUUAUUCUGAGUGGAAUCAAGUAUAUGAACUGAACUGUGCUCUCUUGUGUAAAUUUUGUUAAUAAAUAUUUAAAAGUUGAGUAACAGUUAUUUCAACAGUUAUUUGGAAUACCAUCUUCAUCAAUUACAAAGUUACUUGUUUUAUAGCUGCUUUUUUGGCCACCCAGGACUCUUUCCCCACAUUAUUGUAGUGGAAACCAAUGAUGUGACCAUAGGCAUAUCAAGUGACACAUGUUCCAGCCAUAAUAGUGUACCCUGGCCCUGGAUAAUAAGUGUUGUGUGCAACACAAGGGAAUGAGUGUGUGGUGACCUAUAUACCCAUGAGAAAUUUCAACUUAUCUGUGUGCACAUCUGGAUUAGACUCCACUACCCAAGGUCUAUUUGAAUAUGCAAGUAGAUGUUGCCACAUACAUUACUCUCAUUCUUUAAAGGGACAACCUGAAACCCUAUAAGUUGCAACACUCAUCUGAAUUUUCCUGUAUUACUGAGUGCAUAAUACCUUUUUCAUUCAUGAUGCCACUUUUCUACUCUUUUUCAUUCUAUUCCUAAUUGCCUUGAGACGAGACAAGAACAUGGAAUGAAGUCUAUCCAUGUGGUACCCAUUGCAAUAGAGAAGCAGGAGCAUAAAUGUAGUAUUUUUUUUUAAAAAAAGAUUUAUUUAUUUGAAAGAGUUACAUAAAAAGAGCAGAAGCAGAGAGAGAGAAUUUUCCAUCCAAUGGUUCACUCCCCAAUUGGCCACAAUGGCCAGAACUGUGCUGAUCCAAAACCAGGAGCUUCCUCCAGAUCUCCCAUGUAGGUGCAGGGACCCAAGCACUUGGGCCUUCUACUAUUUCUCAGGCCAUAGCAGAGAGUUAGAUUGGAAGUGGAGCAGCCAGGUCUCAAACCAGCACCCAUAUGGGAUGCCAGCACUUCAGAUCAGGACAUUAACCUGCUGUGACACAGUGCUGGCCCCUGUAGUACAUUUUUGUAUUAAUUUAACUUGUAAUUUUUUACAACCUUUUUUUGUUGCAUUAUUCCCUGCUCCUGCAGGUGGCCCUCAUUUUUAUUGAAAAUGUGUACUUUUAUUCCUUCCAAUUUACAAAGUCCUUUCUGGAUUAAUAUAAAUCUGAUUUACAUUCAGUUAGUGCCUCAGGAUACCCUCAGGAGGAACACUUUUCCUAGGUUGCUUGGCUAUCCCAUGAUAACAGGGCUACAAAUGCUAUGAUGCAUCUAGCUUCAGUAACUCUUUUAUUUCCCAUCUAGAUAAUAGCUGUGCAACUAAUCCAUUCCACCUCCAUUACUACCCAUAAGAAAUAGCUCUUCAUCCCUGUUUAAGUCCCCACAGCUUCUUGCAAGUGUUCAUCAAAUUAAAUCUUAUUAUAAAUAGAUUUAAUAGAAAAUGAAUGAUGUAGCUGCUGGUAGUUUCAGUGAGGUUGAAUGAUUUGCUGGACUGCUGUUUUCUCUGGGUUAUCUUUCAUAUUACUUAGAACUAGUUUUUCACAAUAUUACUUGCCUGAGCACUUUUUCCUAGGCUCCCAGCUAAACAGGUGUUUGAAGACUAGAUUUACUGUUAAUUCUCACUAAGAACAGAGGUCCCACAUUGAGAGCACAGAUCCUUAUGUGGUCCUUGGGACAUAGUGAAUAUUAUACCCACUUGAUUUAGUACUCAGGCACUGGUUUCCAUUGAAGAGAAGAACUCAGCUGAACAGAAUAUAAUUCCCUUCUGAUUAAAAAAAGAUUUACCAUGCCAAACCUGUGUGUGUCCCCUUAGGCAUACCCUUUACCCUUGAAAACUGAACAGAGCUCUCUGGCCACACCCACUACAAGCCUCUAGAGAUUCAGUGAAAGCAGAAAGUCCAUUUAUCUACAGUCAUAAUACAAUGAUAAAAACCGCCAGAAAAAAAAGAGUAUUUCCACAAAUGCCAAAUGCAAGAAUCCAAGAAGCAAGAAUAAGGAAAACAUCAUCAUGCUCCCAAAAGAACAUGACAUUCCAAUACUAGGUCAUGAAGAUGAUGAGAGAAGAAAUGCAAGAAAUAGAACUCAAAAAUUUGGUCAUAAGAUUUUAUAGAAGUAAGCAAAAGCAAAGGCACAAACUACUGAAAUCCAUUAAGGACAUGAAAGAAAAUCUCUCCCAUGAAAUAAAAAUUAUCAGGAGGAAUCAAGAUGAAAUGAAUUCAACAGAACAUGAAACUGAGAUAUUAAAAAGAAAUCAAAAUGAAAUGAAGAAUUCACUACAACAAAUAAAAAAUGCAGUGGAGAGCCUUAAAAACAGAAUCAGUGAGGCAGAAGAGAGAAUACCAGACUUAGUAGACAGAGUACAGAAAAGUAUACAGUCAAACCAAACACAAGAACAGGAGAUUAGAAAUCUAAAAAAGACUGUUGGGAAUCUAUAGGAUACUAUAUAAAAAAAAAUAAGACCAACAUUCUGGUUCUAGGAGUUCCUGCAGGCAUGGUGAGAGACAAAGGAUUAGAAGGCAUUUUUAGUGAAAUACUAGCAGAAAACUUUCUGGGUUUGGGAAAAGAAAGAGACAUCCAAGUACAGGAAGCAAACAGAACUUUGAAUAGACAUGAUCAGAAAACAACCUUGCCAUGACACAUUGUAAUCAAACUGCCACAGUGAAACAAAAAGAGAAGAUUCUAAAAUGCAUAAGAGAAACAUCAGAUUACUCUCAGAGGAUCUCCAAUUAGACUCACAGCAGGUAUAAUAUUUGUCCGCUCUGUCCAAAGAACCACAUAAAGGAUCUGUGUAGUCCUCAGUAUAAAUUCAGAUUCUCCAGAAAUGUCUCUCAUAAGGUAACCAGGAACUCCCAAGCUUGUGGCCUCUCCCAGUGAGAGUGCUCAAAGUCCCAGUCACACCACAAAUCUUCCUACACACCCUCAGUUUUUUAUUUUUUCACAGUCCUGCUUCAGAAGUUUCACACAGUCACAAGUUCCUAGUUUCCUGUUAUUUUUCCCUACCAGCAUCAGGAGUCUCCACUUGGCUGCUUGCCUGGUGUAGACACAAGCUGGCACAGAUGUUAUGUAUGACCAAAAUGGCUCCUGCUCUAUCAGCUUGCAUGCCUUUGUGAGGUGAUUGGAGAGAGAGAAACAUGUCUGUACUGUCCCUUUUUUUCCUCUCCUCUAGUUUGGCUGGCACACUUUCCCUCAGAUAUAUAAGCCUCAUUCCCUCUAGGUUCCUGCCACAUUUUUGCUGGUGGCUCAGGCUACUGUGGUCUUGUCUCACCUCACUUUCCAGUUCUAGUGCAUAGACUCUCAGCUGUUGGAGUCAUGAGCCGUGGGCACCAUGCCCUCCAUGUGGGUCCACCAUGUCCCUCUCAUGUCAGUAGAAUUUCCUCUGUCAUUUUUUCCCUAACUCUUCCCUGAGACUACUCUAUUUCCACUUUUUUAAAACUAUCUUCUCCUGGGCUAGAGCAGUAAGCUCCCUCCCUACUCCACCAUCCCAUUAUUAGCCCAUCUCUAUAUGAUUAUGACUCUGUUUCUUCCAAAUUACUAAUUUAUACACCAUAUAAUCAAAAUUAAAUGUCUUCCAUGGAAUGCAUAUUUAUUUUGUCAUUUACUACUAUCACCUGCAUGUGUAAUGAAUAACCCAAUUUGUGACAUUCCUAACAGGGAAAUGAUGGGUACCAUGGUUUAAUUUAUAAUUGUGUGGUCAUCAACUCAUUCUAAAUGCUGGAAGUUGUCCAAGCAACUGUCAUGUGUAUAGGAUUUGAGUACAUUGCAGUGCCAGCACCAUCAUGGUCAUCAGCAUAGGAUACAUUCUUAAUGUUUCUAGAUGCUCCUGGAACUGUAAAUUAUUUUCUGAUUGUGGAAAUUUUCCAAACUGCAAGUCUGUAUCAUACUGUAAUUUUUCCAGUUUAUUCCGGACUGUUUUUUCACCAAAUAUUCAUCCACAUAUUUUUUAGUUAUGGCUCACAUUAAAAUAUACAUUGUUACUAA